AUGCAGUGUCAUUAUGAAGUCCUUGGUGUCAGUCAAACAGCGACUGAGGAAGAAUUAAAAAAAGCAUAUAAAAAAUUAGCAUUGCAAUGGCAUCCUGAUAAAAAUCCUGAUAGAAUUGCAGAAGCUAAACAGCAUUUUCUAGAAAUUCGAGCAGCCUACGAAGUAUUAUCGGAUCCUAGAGAACGGGCUUGGUAUGAUGCACAUCGGGAUGUAAUGCUGAAAAAAAGCUCUGGUCUUGACUAUGAAGAUGAUACAAUUAAUAUUUUCCCAUUUUUUACAUCUUCAUGUUAUCAGGGAUAUAAUGAUAGUGAAACUGGUUUUUAUACAGUUUAUAAUAAAUUAUUCAAAGAUAUUGCAGAACAAGAUUUAAAAGCUUCAAGUGAUAAAAAAAUUGAUAUACCAAUGUUUGGAACAUCAGAAAGUGAUUAUGAAGAAGUUGUUGGUCCAUUUUAUGCAUAUUGGUCAAGUUAUUGUACGUUAAGAUCCUAUGUGUGGAAGGAAGAACAUGAUACACAUGAUGCCAUGGAUCGACGUGUUCGACGAUUAAUGGAACAAGAAAAUAAAAAAUUACGUGAUAAAGCAAAAAAAGAACGUAAUGAAGAAGUUCGAGAAUUGAUUGCAUUUGUUAAAAAACGUGAUAAACGAAUACAACUUCGAAAAAUUUAUCUGGAAGAGCAGGCUACACAAAAAAAAAGAGCUGAUGCUGAAAGACGCAAUCGUGAGAAACAAAAAAAACUGGAAGAAUUGGCACAAUAUAAAGAAUCACAAUGGAUGUCAUUCGAAGAAUUUGAAAAACAAUUAGAUGAUUUGGAAAAAACAGUAAAAACGAACUUUCAAGAAUCUAAUCAAAACGACAGUAAAGAUGAAAAUGACAAUGAUGACGAUUCUAUGGAUGAUAUUAAGGAAUUAUAUUGUGUUGCAUGUAAUAAAUCAUUUAAAUCUGAAAAAGCUUUUCUUAAUCAUGAAAAUUCUCGUAAACACAAAGAAUUUGUUCAGAUAAUGACUGCGCAUAUACAACAAGAAAAUGAACAAUUAUCAUUGGAUAAUCCCGAGCAAGUAAAUUUAACUAAUGAUGAUUAUGAUGAAAUCGUUCAAUUACCAGCAUAUAAUCAGCCCAGUAAAUCAAAAAAGAAGAAAAAGAAACAAAGACGAAAUAAUAAAGAUGGUGAUUCUUCCGGUGAUGAUACAGAAGAAAUGAAACAACAACUUGAAGAAGAAUUAUUACCACAAGAAGAUAAUCAGCAGGAAAAACAAGAAGAAGAAGUAUCUACCGUUACGACAACUACUAAUAAAAAAACUAAAACUAAAUCUACAACAGAAACACUUGUUGAAAAUGAUCAGACAUCUCAGCUUCCUAUUAUUGUUCAAUGUUUUGUUUGCAAAGAAGAAUUUCCUACGCGCAAUGCACUUUUCAAACACAUCAAAGAACUUGAUCAUGCUAAACCAAUUCAAGUGAAAACUGAAGUAAAAGUAAAAACAAAAAGUAAAAGGAAGUAA